AUGGAGCUGGCGGCUCGCCGCGGCGCGCGCGCGGCCGCGAGCGACCUGACGGCGCACGCCGCCGAGGUGCUUGAGGCGCUCGGGGUGGACGCCAACGCCGUCCGGCACGUGCCAGCCGAGGCGUUCACGGGCGAUGGCCCCGCAGCUGCGGAGGUGGCGGUGGGCGGUGGAGCCGCGAUGAGCUCCACCGAGGACCCUGCAGUAAGCCGCUUCCGAGGGCGAUCAUGGGUCGAGCUCUCCGAGGAGGACGCGGCAGAGCCAGGCCGUGCUGGUUCCACGUUCGGAAGACCUGCACGAAGGGCCCCGAUUGCGAGUUCUGCCACCUGGAGCACAAACGUACUGGCAAGCGGGGGCGGCAACGAGUCCAACGGACGUCCGCAGGCGGAGGAGAGCCGGGAUAUCGAGAUGGAGAAGCGGCAGGCCCUGCAGAGGGAGGUGCAGCAUCUCCAGGCUCUCGUGAAGGCGGAGUGCGACGCGAAGUUGCGGGCGCGGUUGGUUCCGCGGUGA